AUGAAGGGGCAGCAGAAAACAGCUGAAGCUGAAGAGGGGACAGUGCAGAUUCAGGAGGGUGCAGUGGCAACGGGGGAGGACCCAACCAGCGUGGCUAUUGCCAGCAUCCAGUCAGCUGCCACUUUCCCUGACCCCAACGUCAAGUACGUCUUCCGAACUGAGAAUGGGGGCCAGGUGAUGUACAGGGUGAUCCAGGUGUCUGAGGGGCAGCUGGAUGGCCAGACUGAGGGGACUGGCGCCAUCAGUGGCUAUCCUGCCACUCAGUCCAUGACCCAGGCGGUGAUCCAGGGUGCAUUCACCAGUGACGAUGCAGUUGACACAGAGGGGACAGCUGCCGAGACGCACUAUACUUACUUCCCCAGCACUGCAGUGGGAGAUGGCGCAGGGGGCACCACAUCGGGCAGUACAGCAGCUGUUGUCACUACCCAAGGCUCGGAGGCGCUGCUGGGGCAGGCGACCCCUCCCGGCACUGGACAAUUCUUUGUGAUGAUGUCACCACAAGAAGUGUUGCAAGGAGGAAGCCAGCGCUCCAUUGCCCCCAGGACUCACCCUUAUUCCCCGAAGUCAGAAGCUCCCAGGACGACUCGGGAUGAGAAACGCAGGGCUCAGCAUAAUGAAGUCGAACGCCGCCGCCGAGACAAGAUUAACAACUGGAUUGUGCAGCUGUCCAAGAUCAUCCCAGACUGCUCCAUGGAGAGCACCAAGUCUGGCCAGAGUAAAGGUGGAAUUCUGUCCAAAGCCUGUGAUUAUAUUCAAGAGCUUCGACAGAGUAACCACCGCUUGUCUGAAGAACUGCAGGGCCUUGACCAGCUGCAGCUGGACAAUGAUGUGCUUCGACAGCAGGUGGAAGAUCUUAAAAACAAGAACCUGCUGCUCCGAGCCCAGCUGCGGCACCACGGGGUGGAGGUCGUCAUCAAGAAUGACAGCAAUUAACUGCGGGGACUUGCAGUCUUCGGGCCCUACCACCCCUCUCCAAGAACUGCACAUAGCCCAGGAGCAACCGGCUAACCCCGAGCCCCUUUCCUUCACUGCCCGCUUCUGGCGGGGGACCAGGGGGAGUUGAGAAGGCGUGGCUUUGAACCGAGGCCCUGUCACAGGGCCCCCUGCAGUGGUGUGAAACACACGUGGGCGCACACUGACACCCUUGCCCGGCCCCACCGCGCAGCCCCCCGGGCCCAUGUGCCCUUGCAGAUGCAUGUGCUGUCUCCGUGCUGGAUACCGGACACACACGACGAGGGGGCUUGCCCUGGGCUUGCUCAGAGUGCCAGCAGAGGGGCUGCUGACCAGCGAUGCUCUGGCUUGCCCCAGGACUCUGGCGCUUUACUGGGUCUUCCUUACCCCGGAGCUCGACUCAGACAGAUGUGCACUCGAGGACUCUGGGGAACAGGCUGCUUCGCAGUGGCUGCUGCCCCAGGAAGAGAAGACCGACCAGCAAGCAGCUAAGGCCUAUGCAGAAGUCCGGAGCCAGGGA